CUAAACAAUACGAACCAUUUGCUGACAAGAAGUAACAGAAGCAUCGAUCAAAAUAACGAAAAUUGCAACAGGGUACAACCCAUCAACCGAACGAAUUCAUCUAUAGCGAUCGUCGAAGCAAUCGAUAAAGUUUGCCGUCAUCUUUGGGUUGGCUAGCAUUUAGUAAACCAUGAUGCGAAAAGAAUAGUGAAAAAAACUUUGAAUCAGAGAAAAUGACGAAGAACAAGAAUGCCAAACGUCAGUGCCCUUCGUGCGGCAUAACUACACACAAAAAGGGAGGGCUGCUGGGCAAAAAAUCGAUCCCGAUCACGGUGGAGGGAAAAGUGUCGAACGGACGGUGUUUGGCGUGUGAUCCAUUUCCGCCUUGUUUGACCCCGGCGGGACAAGCUUCGGUGGCGAUUGAAGAAGUUUGCCAGUCGCCGGUCCGGCAAGCGCCUCUCAACAACAAUAGUGACAACAGAAGUGGCGGCGGCGGUGAGUUUCAAAACUCCGACGCCCCACCAAUAACAGCCACGGUGAAACUUGCAACUCCGAAAAGAAAGAAAUCGCGAAGGCCGAGACCACAGGAACGGGAACAAGAACAUCGAUACAUGGAAGACACCACAAAUAACAAUAUCCGUGUGGGUAGCGGUAGAAAUACGAAUCGUGAACCACACAUUGGAACGCAACAAUGCCAACCACAACCACAACCACAACAGCAGCAGCAACAACAACAACAACAAGAUGGACACCGUCCGGGUGAGAAGACGCGGAGAAAAUCUACAACUCGUGUGGAGUCCGAGGCAAUGUCGCCAUCAUCACGCAGGAGUUCCUCGCGUCGUUCUAGUUCUAGAACGAAUAUCGGUGUUCCAGAAACACUGGAAGUGGUUCGUCGUAAACCAUCUCGACAUGGUAGCAACAGCAGCAAUCAUUGCGGAGACGAUAACUCCAUUGUUAGUGCAAUCACGAUGGAUGUUCAUCUGUUUCAUCCGUAUUCCAGCAGAGACGACAAUUUUGCUUUCAAUACUAAUUAUUCCGAGGAGGAGGAAGAAGAAGAGCAACGCAUUCCUGCGAGACCUACUCACCAACGCCGACCUAGACCGGAAAAAUCCGGUCGUAGUAAACAGAAGGGAACUGGUAAUAAUGGAAGCAAAAGCAUUGACAACAAUAUGAACAAUAUUGGAAUUGGUCAGUUUCAUACAGCGUUGCGUCGUCGUGGUAGUCACAGCGAUGAGAGCAGUCACAGAAGUGACAGCAGCCAACACAGUCGCCAUCGGAAGUCGCAUUCUAUGCGUGGUGAUUCAGAGCGUAAUCUGUACCCAUGGGAUUAUGGAGAAGGACAAGAAAUGGGAAGUGGCGCGAUGCAUCAGCAAUUAAAUCCAUCUACGAAUAUAACACCAGUUUUGGAGUGUGAUGCGCUGAUGAGAUCGGUGUCGAGCAACGAAGAUACAUAUUUUUUCGACAGGAAAUCUGUCUCCAACACGAAGACAAAAAAGAUUGGAAGCGAAGUAGGGAUCGAUUUUCAACCAGACGAGAAUGCGAAUCACAGUAGACGGAGUCGUCAAACGGGAAUGCAACAAUCGAUAGAUUUUGCAACGGGGAGCACUGCAAAUAACAGAAAUACUGAGAAUUCAGCGCAUGCAGUACGGAGUGAAUACCCGCCCAAACCUCAUGACAAAACUGCUAUCGAGGAUGAUAACGAUGGUUUUCCAUCCUUCAUAAUGGACGACUACGACUACAACGACUACAACGACGACUAUGACCACAAUCAAAAUAUAUUGCGACAGAAGCAGCAACAGCAUUUUCAACAGCUUCUGAAGAAUGAUACAAAUCCCAUACCUCACCCUCCGAUCACAUCGGUGUCAUCUUCUUCGUCAUCAUCGGGCCGCAUACAUAACGGUACCAACGCCAGGCAAAACAGUUUGUUUACACCAAUUACGAAACAGGAUAUUACGGACAUACAAGGCAUUUUGCAUUGUCUUAAUUUAGAAGAAUGCAAUCCAGAUGUUAGGGAAGACGCCUUGUGUAAGCUCUUCGACAUGAUUCAGAACAUGAGCCGCGCUGGUGAUAGACACACGCGUGAAUUCAUUUUGGAACAUAACGUGAUUGAGGCUGCAACCAAAGCCAUUUGGGCAGAUAUGCAAAUCGUUGAAGUACAGGAAGCUGCAAUGCAGCUCCUCUUGCUUAUAUCUGCUACAACUACUCUUAUAGGUGGUAGAGAUGGCGAUCACGAACAUGGGAAGAGCUCCGGUAGUGGUGGGAGCAACGACAGCAAUCUACUCUCCAAAAAUGAGUCGGUUUGCGACUCCAUCCUGUUUGCAAUGCAAAACCAUGCUACCGAACCGGGUAUCCAACUGAAAGGCUGUCUCAUUUUCGCUUCUCUUGCUGGUAGCCUGCCCGAUGAAAGUGCCGCAGGAACCAAUUCGGAUGGUAGUCUCUCUGGGGCAAUGACGAUGGUUUUGAAAGCCAUGAGUAAUCACGGAAACUCUCGAUCCAUUCGCAAGGCUGGCUUACAGGCCCUACACCACCAGUGCUUGCUUUCAAUCCAUGUAGAAAAUAACAAAAGAAGCCUUGCAAGUGGUAAACUCGAGAAUGGAAUGGCAGCCGUUGAUGUUCUGAUCUACGCGAUGGAGGAGUUGCAACAAGAUUUAGUUGCGAUGGAUUGGGCCUGCCAGUUGUGUUGGUGUUUGACUGCAAGAAAAGAUUUAUUGCAAGAGCUGGAAGAAUCUUCGUUGCAUGAAGCAAUCCUUUCCGUAUGCCAGCACUACAUGACAAGUCCCGCUGGUAUCAGCGUGGUCGAAGCAAGUAUCGGAACCAUUGGAAAUCUAGCAUACCUAGAUAAAAAACGAAAAGAGCUGCUAAAUAUCGGGGCAGUUGAACUAGUCCUUGACGGCUUGCGUUACCACAGCAAUCACUUUGGGAUAAGCUACGAAGCUGCCUCUGCAAUAGAAAACUUUGCUCUUCCCCCAGAUAUUCGAGGCUCAUCCUCGAUGGUUUCAAAAGCCGAUGCCGUGCAGAUGCUCGUCCACGGACUCAAAAUGUUCAAAAGCGAACACGAGUACGUUGUUCAAGUAUUUCGUGCUCUUGCUUGUAUUGCCACCCAGUCUCAGUCAAGCAAAGAGACAAUUUGCACAGAGGAAAUUCUGGUUCUGGUCCUCGAAUCGAUUAGGAAGCACAAAACGCCUGAAAUCAUUGCGACGUGCUCUACUUUAGUCGCUACUCUUGCCACGGGGGACUCGAACACGCAAAGCGAACUGAUGAUCAAUAACGGAAUAGUAGAUAUUUUGAUCCAGUGUAUGGAACUAACCAACGGAGAGAAGGCCCAAGAUGCCGCAUGCUUAGCGUUGCGUAAUUUAUCAUGCCAAAUUCAUGAUUCAGAACCACUUCUCAAGAACGCCAAGACCUUAAGCCUCAUUAUCAGUGCCAUGGAAUCCCAUCGAAGUUCAUUAUCAAUUCAAAGUAGCGCCUGCUGUAUCAUUUGGAAUUUAUUGUCGAAGACAGAGGAGAAACAGCUCGUCUUCAACUCAAAAAUUGUUCCCUCCAUUACCUCGGCGAUGCAGUCCCAUUUCGAAUCGGGCGAUCUUCUCGAGCUAGCAUGUGGAGCUCUUUGGGUUUUCGUCGAUACCUUCAAUGAUCAAAAGUUGUUUGUAGGGAAAGAAGUGAUCGAUAUGGUAGCAUGUGCGAUGGUGAUGCACCCAACGAAGACUCCGACCCUCGAAAAUGCGUGUGGUUUAUUGUCGCACUUGAGUUCGGAGGAAUCGCUAGCCGAAGCUAUCAGCAAGGCACAGGGUGUCAACAUCGUUGCCGAGGCCAUGUGCAACAACGGAAGCUCGAUUUCAUUGUUGGAAGCCGGCUGUUUGACGCUGAAGAACACUACGAUAGCUUGUCCUAGCUUUGCUCGUGAUGGAUCUGUUGCCAUUUCAACAGUAAUAAAUGCUUUGAAAGAAAACGUGAACCACACGAGUUUUGUCGUAGAAGCAUGUGACUUGCUGUGGGUAUUGGCAUCGGAAGACGACAACGCAAGGUCGAAGAUCUUGGCCCUAGACGGAAUUUCUAUUCUGAUGCAUUGCCUGGAAGAAAACAGCAACAUCCCUCAAGUCGAAACAUCUGCCUUGGGAGCAUUCAAUCAGCUUGCGAAAUCGAACACCGUGAAUGUCGCAUAGACGAAGCCUCAUUUGUGUAGCAUGCAACAUAAUAGGAUAGAUCUUUGUUUUAUUUUACAAUUUACAACUCGGUGCACAUGAGAAAGGUAUUCUGCAAGAGUUCUUGUAAGCACGAGAAUGUAGUACAAGUGUUAGCGUAAAUGCUUUUCACUA